AUGUAUGCUGACGCUGCUACGGAGGAGGAGGACGAUGCUACCCCGCUCCCACUCCCAACGUGUAUGCUGACGCUGCUGCGAAGGAGGAGGACGAUGCUGCCCCGCUCCCACUCCCAGUCCCAGCGUGAGGAAUGUAAAGCGAUACUUCUUGUUCAUGACACAACGCCUCAUUUCCUUGAUGGAAGAGUUCUUUUCUCGAAGCAGGCAGAGCCGGUAAUGCCUGUAAAAGAUCCAACAUCUGACAUGGCUAUAAUCUCACGGAAAGGAUCAGGUCUUGUCAGAGAUAUUCGGGAGAAGCAAAGUAUGCAUAAAUCAAGACAGAGGUUUUGGGAGCUUCCAGGUUCCAAUCUUGGUAAUAUCCUUGGUGUUGAAAAAUCACCUCAGCAGAUUGAUGCCGAUACUGCUCUAGUUGGUGAUCAAGGUGAAGUAGACUUUAAAGGAGGGGCAAGAUUUGCUCAACAUAUGAAGAAGUAA